AUGGUCACGUUAACAGAAGACGAGGUCGACGACCUCCUCUACUUUGCGCGGGCCAACGAAGCAGCCGACCUCGCGGACACGCUCGCCGCGCUCGUCGCCAAGGCCGGCGGCGAUGCCACGCCUCUCAGUAUCUUGGCUGCCGCCGUCGAUGCCGGCAAGAACACGCCCCUGCACAUGGCUGCCGGGAAUGGACAUUUGGACAUUGUCACCCUCAUCCUCUCUCAGAUCAAGGAGGGACAGGGGCAGACCGCCUCCCCCGCCCCCGCCCGCCAGGCCUUUUUGGACGCCACCAACGCCUUUGGCAACACGGCGCUGCACUGGGCGGCCAUGAACGGGCACCUGGCCGUGGUGCGGGCGCUGGUCGAGCAGGCGGGCGCGUCGCCGGCGCUGGCCAACGACAAGAACUAUGUGGCGCUGGACCUGGCGGGGCUCCACGACCAGGUGGCGGUGGUGGACUACUUUUUGGCGUCGGCGGAGAAGGCGGAGAAGGCGGAGGAGGCGGCGACGGUGGCGUCCUCCUCCUCCAAAAAGGACAACGGCCAAGGCGCCCGUCUCGACCGUGCGACGGCCGCGCUGGAUCUGAACAAGGAGCCCAACGCAGACGACAACGACGACGAGGAGGAGGAAGAAGAGGUGGUGGUGAUGACGGCCAAGCGAGAGGGCGACGAAAUUGUCUUUGAUGCGGAGAAAAAGUAG